CAAAGCUAUACCUUCCAUUUUCCUGGGAUACUCAGACACACAAAAGGCUACAAACUCUACUGCAUUUCCUCUGGUGUUUUCUUUGUUAGUAGGGAUGUCUCCUUUAGAGAAAUUGUUUUCCCUUUUAAGUAUCCUAGACACACCUUCUUAGCACCAGACUACUCUCACACUAUUUUUCCUACUCACUCUUCAUCCUAUCCACAUCCUACAGACACUGUUUUUCCUCCAACUGCAACACCUCCUGCUACCUCUUCAUCCCCAUCUCCCACUUCACCUUCUCAGGACUCUGUCCAAUCAGCUAUUGACCCGCCAUCAAUUGCCUCUGCACCUCCUAUUGAUUAUGCAUCUGAUCCCUCUUUUCCAUCUGACCCUGCACUCUCUCCUUCUUCUUCUUCUUCUUCUUCUUCUUCUUCUUCUUCUUCUUCUUCUUCUUCUUCUUCUUCUUCUUCUUCGUUUCCUCCAUCUCUUCCCUCUCCUUCACACAUACAACCUGCUGCUAGAAAAUCUACAAGAGUUUCUAAACCUCCUAUUUGGCACACUGAUUAUAUCACCAAAUCUUCUACCUCACACCCUAUCUCCAGUUCCAUGACUUACUCAUCUAUCUCACCUUCCUACAAGUCAUACCUUACAGUUUUUUCUGCUUCAGUCCCUGAACCUUCCUCUUUCACUCAAGCUGCUCAAGAUAGUAGUUGGGUCCAGGCUAUGGAACAAGAGAUUGCUGCCCUACAUGACAACCACACUUGGGAGAUUGUUGACUUACCUGUAGAUAAUACUCCUAUUGGUUGCAAAUGGGUUUUUAAAAUAAAGUACAAGGCUGAUGGCACUAUAGAGGAGAAAGGCCGGGUUGUUGCUGAGGUGCAUCCACGGUGA